AGUUUAAAAGAUAUAUUCAUAUUUGGUUAAAGCAUACCCAGUCGAAUGACACUGACAGAGGAACCGUGCUAUCAGGCUCCGCUUCACGAUAGCGGUCAGGAGAAGGCUCACAAGUGGGACAUCAACGACAACACGCUGCCCAUGGUAUGCCAGGUAGACGCUUUCCAGGAGUGGCCGGACGGAAACAACCGUCAUGUUUACAGCAGUAACUGUGAAGAUGCGCGCCGACACAUCAGUGGCUGGGCCAUGCGGAAUACUAACAAUCAUAAUGCCCAUAUACUAAAAAAGUCGUGCCUAGGGGUGUUUGUGUGCUCUCAUGAUUGUACAUUACCCAAUGGAGAAAAAGUCCAUCUACGACCCGCCAUUUGUGACAAAGCGAGGAGAAAACAGAUAGGCAAACCUUGCCCUAGUCCAAAUUGUCGCGGUCGUCUAGAGUUGAUGACAUGUAAGGGGCACUGCGGUUAUCCUGUGACGCAUUUCUGGCGCCAUAUUAACAACGCCAUCUUCUUCCAAGCCAAAGGUGUUCAUGAUCAUCCCAGACCAGAAAUAAAAUCCUCCGCAGAGGCAAGGCGACAUCACAAACUGAAACACAAGUCGCUUUUGUCAGAUACAACACACAAAAAACGAAAGCGGGAAAUGUCAUGGCCGUCAAUGAAAGACCAUUCAACGAAAGUUUAUUCCGGAUUUGAUAUACUCUGUUCCUGUCCACCGUUUGAAUGCACGUGUUCUCAUGUCCGAAUGCAGUAUAAAGAAACAAGAGUUGACAAUGAACGAGCAGACUUUCCCCUAUGUCCUUCGUCCUACACCCCACAAAUCUACGAAGCAUCAACAUCACCUUGGCAGAGACCGUCAAUUGAUUGCAAUUACUUUCCAACAGCAGUACAUCGUCAACACUGUGAGGACCCGAUUUUUCCGGGAAAUGAUGAGCUGUCAUCAUUAUCUUCCUUUAGCUCUACUUUCAGCAAUACACCACGACACGUGGACUACCCCUAUCCAAGGUAUGAGGUUUACCGAAGCUGUGAAAGAGGUAUUCCAUACACAGAUAUAUCAAAUCACCGUUUUGCCAAUGCAACCGAGCGUUACAAUCGAACUUCAAAAAACAGCUAUGAUACACGAGACAUCUAUAACGGUGCUUGUUUGGAAAGAUCUAAACCAUAUUCCGAUUCCAAUUCGUUUAAGAUAAAGACAGAAAACUCCGAUUCCGACUUUGGUAACAUUUCUUCUCUUCCCAAUCAAUGUGCUUUGUCAGAUCGCAUGGAAUCCGAACCCAAUCGUUUGGUUCGUGACGAAAGUGGCCAAGAUUUUGUUCAUUUACAAGAUAUUGAAUCCAACUCUCUUUACAAUAUUAGUGACGUCACAGACUCGGACAUCAUUCAAACAUACUUUUCUCGAAUACCCAACGAGCAGCUUGACGACGUGUCCUUGAUUCCAUCCUCUUUGUCUCAAACAAAUACCGGACCAAAAUACAUAGAAUUAAAACCGUUAAAGAAAGCAAAACCAGAUAUGCAUUCGCUCGCCAUAACUACGUCACCACAGAUAUUUCAGCAUCGAAGUGUUCAUGACGUUAGCGGUGAAGGUUGUUCGACUGGCCAUUUUCGACCUCAGAGCGGAUGUAACAACGUCAUCAAUGACCCCUUCUAUCACAACGAUUCCCACCAGUAUGCCCCAAACAAGCAGUCCUGUAACCACAGCAUAAAUAUCACGUUGACUUACAAUUAACUCUGUAUUCAGCUUUUCGCCUGCUUUAUGAGUGCAGCUAACAGCACGGUGUUCUAGAGACGGAUAUAUAGCUAUAUGUGUGUAUGUUCUAGCAUUGAUAAACUGAUCAUGAACACUUUUCGGUAUUUAUUUUGGAACUUCUUCGAAAGAAUUAAUAUGGGUACUAUCUAUUUAUUACACUCUCCAAUGAAUAAUUUGAAUUAGUGAGGUAUUGUAUAAGUUGUGUACACGAGCCGUUUUCAAGUGUGCACUUUCCAUCUGUCAUUAUUCAUUGAGCGUGUCACGUGAUCUACGGCGAUUGAGUGACGUCUGAUGAGUGAAGUAAUUAAUUGUCAAUUAUUGUAAUGACAUCAGGUUCGUUUAUAUUGGAGGCAAAUUUGAUCAAUGGUUCUUAAAUCAGUUUCCAAAUAUCAAAAUGUCAUUACUCUCCAUACCCAGUAUUUUCAUGUGUUAAGAAGUUUUGACACUGGCUGAAUUGAUUGUCCAUGCUACACUGUAUAAUGAUCUAUCAGUUCAAUUUUAUAAGUCUUUGUAAAACGUGCAACUGUGCUGCGAAAAUUGUGUACUGUAUUUAACAAAAGGUGUGUAAAAUGAAUGACCACGUACUGG